AUUCUCUCGGUGGUAGCGCAAUUGAAAAAUUAAAGAAGAAAUUUUCUAAUUAAAUUUAACCAUCGAUAAAGUUUGAGUCGCGCAUUAAAAAUCGUUAAAACUGUUCGGUAAACAUCUGUAAAUUCCAAUUAACAUGUAAUCAACUCGCAUUAAUCGCGAUAUUUUGUGUUCUAGUGAUUGAGAAAAAAAAUUUAAUUUUUCGCACAGAGGCCAAAUUUUUUUUUGCUCUUAGUGUCUGUGAAGGAACGCUCGCUCAUUUUUUGUCGAAAUCUUUUUUUAUUUUUGUAUAUCUUUUUUGGUGAACCAAAAGAAAAAAACAGAAGGCAAAAAAAUUUAACUUUUUUUAUCAUUUCCAAUUUGAUUUUCGGAUUGUAAACGAGCGACAUUAAAAGGUUGUGAUUAAGGACAAAUUUUGACAUAAAUUGAGUAAGAAAUCAAAACGAUUUGAACGAGAAAAGAAGCGGAUCCUCUUCUUAUUUCCAUUUGUGUUAAAGACAAGGAAAUUCUCAAACUUAUAAAAGUGUCGACGCAUCUCACAUAGAAAGAGACAGCAAGAGCGCGCGCGUGUACCAAUACAUAUAUAAAACUUGUAGCACAUACAGCUACAGCAAUUUUAGAGUUUUUUUUUUUUGGUCUAUACAAAUAUAUCACGGGCAGUAAGUCGGUGGUGAUCGGAUCGCUCAGUGGAUUAAAAAGUAGUCGGAGAGAGGAUUGGAAAUGAGUGACAGUGGAUCCGAGCAUAAGGACUACCGAGAAGGCGACGAUAUGGGUGGUGGCGCCGGUGAUUUCGAUUCAGGUCAGCCGAAUAAUCAAACAGAGCAGGAGCUUGCCUCUAAAUGCUUGCAGAUUCAAUCAAAGCGAUUUUAUCUUGAUGUAAAGCAAAAUCGACGUGGUCGAUUCAUCAAGGUCGCUGAGAUUGGCGCUGAUGGUCGUCGUUCGCAAAUUUUCUUAGCUCUUUCAACGGCAUCCGACUUUCGCGGACAUCUUUCAACAUUCAGUGAUUUUUAUUCAUCAUUAGGUCCCCCAAAUCCCGAGAAUGUUCCGGAAGAUGGAAAGCUGAAAUCAGAAUGUAUAGUCAAAGAGAACAGACGUUACUACUUAGAUUUGAAGGAAAACGCGAGAGGACGUUUCUUAAGAGUAUCACAAACAAUCACCCGCGGUGGUCCGCGGUCUCAAAUCGCCAUUCCAGCGCAGGGCUUAGUCGAAUUUCGUGAUGCAUUAACGGAUCUUUUGGAUGAAUUUGGUGAUUCUGAUGGCGGAUUUAAAGGUGAACUUCCCGAAGGACGUCACUUGAGAGUCGAUAACAAAAACUUUUAUUUCGACAUUGGCCAAAAUAAUCGUGGCAUCUACAUGCGAAUGAGUGAGGUCAAGAGCAACUUCCGAACCGCAAUAACUGUACCCGAAAAGUGCUGGUCUCGUUUUCGCGAUAUCUUAAAUGACUACUGUGAAAAAAUGUCCCAGACCGCAACGACCACUGCCGAUAAUAAUACACAACAAGCGCAAUCAUCACAAUCUGGUGGUUCGCAAAAAUAAAUUCUCUAAAAAAUUUAUUAUAAAUAAUUAAAAAUUUAAAAAAAAAAUGAAAAACAAAUGAAGAAAGUAAAAAAGUUUAAUUAACAACACAAUUAAGAAAGAAAAAAUACUACAAAAUUGAUGAUAUAAAAAAAUAAAAAAGAUGAAGAAGUUAUAAUACACAUACACACACACGCCACCUCUCCUUCAACAAUAAUUUCGACAGAAUAACUUCUAUGCAUACGCAUGGAAGUUCAAGAAACUUCUUUGGCGGCUAAUGUUUAAUUAUUAUUUUUUUGUUUCCGAUAAUAAAGUGAAAAAAAUAAUAAAAAAUAAUAAUAAUAACAAAAAAUUAAUUAAAAAGAAUCUAGUAACAAAAACCAUCCUUUUGGCAUUGAUAAUAGUGACGCAUGCUUCCGUUUGUGAAGCCACAGAAGACAAACACAGAUGAGAAAAUUUUUGGAUUACUAAAAAAUGCUUGCUGUAAUUAUUAUGUUUUUAUUGCUUAAAAUUUUUUAAUAUAUACAUAAAAAUAUUAUAUUUUUUUGUUAAUUUAUAAGAGAAAAAAUUAAGGAUCGAUGAAGA